ACCGGCCAUUUUUCCCUUCCCAUUGACGGUUGUGUUGUUUAGGGGGUAGAACGAAAGUAGCCGACUGCAACCACUUUGAUUACAAGUUUGUUAUUAGUUUAACUUCUGCCCCACAUCCACAGGAUUGAUACUAAGACAAAUAAUGUAUUUGUUCAACGUCGUAAAGUAUUCCCGCUGACAUCCGAGCUUGGGUAAAUGUCUGUUUGACUGUCGCACAAAUGGAAAUGGUGCCCAGCGAAGAGAACCAGCUCGUACCCAAAGAGGUUAUGUUUUGGAGUUGCAGGCAAAGUAUUUUCGACGAGAUGAAGAAAAGGUUAUCUCAGAUCGAAAAUGCAGCCGAGGAGCCUAGAGUGCUAUGUAUCGUCCAAGACACCACCAACUCCAAGACCGUCAACGAGAGGCUGACCCUCAACCUGCCGGCCUCCACCACCGUCUCCAAGCUGUUUGAGGAUGUGGCUCGCAAGGCGGGAUACCUGAGUGGCACGUUCGACCUGGCAUGGGCCAACACAGCAGCCAUGGCACCGCUGGACCACACCAGCGAGAUGUCCCUCACUGCCUCCGGGUUCGAGGCUGGGAAGAGGAACUUCCUCCAGCUCACGGACAAGGACGGAGAGCAGCCUCAGAUAGCCUCGGAUGAAUCAGCGACAGCAGACAGCAGUGGGCUGGAUGACAGUUCCCAGGAGCGCUUCAUCGGCCCCCUGCCCAGGGAUGGCACGGUGGGCUGCAGCAGCGACUACAGCAGCCCCUCUUACUCCUACUCCUCAAUCCUCAACAAGUCUGAAACAGGAUACGUGGGGUUAGUGAACCAGGCCAUGACCUGCUACCUGAAUAGCCUCCUGCAAACGCUGUUUAUGACGCCCGAGUUCAGAAAUGCGCUGUACAAUUGGGAGUUUGAGGAGUCUGAGGAGGAGCCCGUCAACAGCAUCCCCUACCAGCUCCAGAGGCUGUUUGUGCUUCUGCAGACCAGCAAGAAGAGGGCCAUCGAGACCACGGACGUGACCCGGAGCUUUGGCUGGGACAGCAGCGAGGCCUGGCAGCAGCAUGACGUUCAGGAGCUGUGCAGGGUCAUGUUCGACGCCCUGGAGCAGAAGUGGAAACAGACAGAGCAGGCCGACCUGAUCAACCAGCUGUACCAGGGCAAGCUGAAGGACUACGUGCGCUGUCUGGAGUGUGGCUACGAGAGCUGGAGGAUCGACACCUACCUGGACAUCCCUCUGGUCAUCAGGCCGUUCGGAGCCAGCCAGGCUUUCUGCAGCGUGGAGGAGGCACUGCAGGCUUUCAUCCAGCCAGAGACCCUGGAUGGGGCCAACCAGUACUUCUGUGAGCGCUGCAAGAAAAAAUGCGACGCCCGCAAGGGCCUGAGGUUCCUUCACCUCCCCUACCUGCUGACCUUGCAGCUGAAGCGGUUUGACUUUGACUACACCACUAUGCACCGGAUCAAACUGAACGACCGCAUGACCUUCCCCGAGGAGUUGGACAUGAGUCCCUUCAUCGACGUGGAGGACGAGAAGUCUCCCCAGACGGAGAGUUGCACAGACAGCGGGGCUGAGAACGAGGGCAGUUGCCACAGUGACCAGAUGAGCAAUGACUUCUCCACUGACGACGGCGUGGACGAGGGCAUCUGUCUGGACAGCACCAGCACGGAGAGAGUCCUCAAGCCAAAGAGUUCCUUGACCUUUGAGCUGUUCUCUGUCAUGGUCCACUCUGGGAGCGCCGCGGGCGGCCACUACUACGCCUGCAUCAAGUCCUUUAGCGACAGCCAGUGGUACAGCUUCAAUGACCAGCACGUCAGCAAGAUCACCCAGGAUGAUAUCAGGAAGACAUACGGAGGCUCCUCAGGGAGCAGGGGGUAUUACUCCAGUGCCUUUGCCAGCUCUACGAAUGCCUACAUGCUGAUCUACAGGUUGAAAGACCCCACGAGGAACGCAAAGUACCUGGGCGCCGACGACUUCCCGGCGCACAUCAAGCGUCUGGUCCAGAAGGAGAAGGAGUCUGAGGAGCAGGAGAAGAGGCAGCGGGAGAUCGAGAGGAACACCUGCAAGAUCAAGCUGUUCUGCAUGCAUCCUGUGAAGAUGAUGAUGAUGAUGGAGAACAAGCUGGAGGUGCACAAGGAUAAAACCCUGCUGGAGGCCACGGAGAUGGCCUAUAAGCUGAUGGAGCUGGAGGGCGUGGUCCCUCUGGACUGCUGCCGUCUGGUCAAGUACGACGAGUUCCACGAGUACCUGGAGCGCUCGUACGAGGGCGAGGAGGACACGCCCAUGGGCCUGCUGCUGGGCGGGGUCAAGUCCUCCUACAUGUUCGACCUGCUCCUGGAGACACGCAGGCCGGACCAGCUGUUCCAGCCCUACAAGCCUGGAGAGGUCAUGGUGAAGGUCCAUGUGGUGAAUCUGAAGGGCGAGGCCAUCGCCUCUCCCGUCUGCGUCAGAGCGUACCUGAACCAGAGCAUCGCCGAGUUCAAGCAGCUCAUUGCACAGGUGACAGAGCUGUCGGCAGACACUAUGCGUGUGGUUCUGGAGCGCUGCUAUAACGACCUCCGGCUCCUCUACGUGCCCAACAAGACCCUGAAAGCGGAGGGUUUCUUCAGGAGUAACAAGGUUUUUGUCGAAAGCUCCCAAUCAGCCGACCACCAGGUCACGUUCACUGACUCCCACCUGUGGAAACUUCUGGACCGCCACGGAAACACAAUCCGACUGUUGGUCUCGCUGCCAGAGCAGUCGCCCGGGAGCCUGGCCAACAGAACUAUUUGCCAAAAAGCGGCCGGCGACCCCGAGGAGUCCUCCGAGGGGUCGAAGGGCAACAGGAAGUCUGUAGAGGCCAUCCUGGAGGAGAGCACGGAGAAGCUGAAGAACCUCUCCCUCCAGCAGCAGCAGGACUCCAGCAGCGACAGCCCGAAGAGCUCCGACGCCAGCGACUUCGAGCCCAUCGAGUCUCCCUCCCAGGAGCCGGCCUCGGCCUCUUCCGCCGACAACCGCGAGCUGGAGAACCGGAUCGGCGCGGCGGGCGGCGAGGGCGCGGCGAGCGGCGUCGGGGCGCUGCCGUUCCCCCCGGAGGAGCGCUCGGACUCGGAGGUGAACAACGACCGCAGCACCAGCUCCGUGGACAGCGACAUCCUGAGCUCCAGCCACAGCAGCGACACGCUGUGCAACGCCGACAGCGGGCCCAUCCAGCUGGCCAACGGCCUGGACUCCCACAGCAUCACCAGCAGCCGGCGCUCCAAGGCCCACGAGGGCAAGAAGGAGACGUGGGACACGGCCGAGGAGGACUCCGGCACGGACAGCGAGUACGACGAGCACGGGAAGAGCAAGGCCGAGGCCCAGUACCUGUACUUCAAAGCCGAACCCUACACCCAGGAGGAAGGCUCAGGGGAAGCCCAGAAAUGUUUGCUGGUCCAUGUGGACAAGAGGAUCACUCUGUCAGCGUUCAAGCAGAACCUGGAGCCCUUCGUGGGCAUCGCCUCCACCCAGUUCAAGGUGUUCCGGGUCUACGCCAACAACCAGGAGUUUGAGAGCGUUCGCCUCAACGAGACCCUCUCCUCCUUCUCCGACGACAACAAGAUAACCAUCCGUCUAGGCAGGGCGCUGAAGAAGGGCGAGUACAGGGUGAAGGUGUACCAGCUGCUAGUGAAUGACCAAGAGCCAUGUAAGUUCCUCGUGGACACAGUGUUUGCGAAGGGCAUGACUGUACGACAGUCCAAAGAGGAGCUGCUACCACAGCUGAAAGACCAGUGCAAGCUAGACCUCAGCAUCGACAGGUUCCGUCUCAGGAAGAAGACGUGGAAGAACCCAGGGACCGUGUUUCUGGACUACCACGUCUACGAGGAGGACAUCAACAUCUCCUCCAACUGGGAGGUCUUCCUGGAGGUUCUCAACGAGCCGGAGAAGAUGAAGUCCAUGUCCCAGCUGGCUGUUCUAACCCGGCGCUGGAGACCGGCCCAGAUGAAGCUCGAGCCGUUUCAGGAAGUGGUCCUGGAGAGCAGCAGUGUGGAGGAACUGAAGGAGAAGCUCAGUGAAAUAAGCGGUAUUCUAUUAGAACACCUGGAGUUUGCCAAGGGCCGAGGGACUUUUCCCUGUGACAUCUCCGUGAUGGAGAUCCACCAGGACCUGGACUGGAACCCCAAGGUGUCCACCCUGAACGUGUGGCCCCUCUACAUCUGUGACGACGGGGCGGUGGUGUUCUACAGGGACAGCACUGAGGAGCCCAUGGAUCUGUCCGAGGACGAGAGGAGCGAGCUGCUGAAGAGAGAGAGCAGCCGUCUGCUGAAGACGGGCCACCGGGUCAGCUACUCUCCCCGCAAAGAGAAGGCCCUCAAGAUCUACCUGGACGGGGGUCCCGCCAAGGACACGGGCCUGGACUGAGGCCUGGUCGGAGCCGGCUCGCCCGCCUGCCUGCCUGCCUGCUGCAGAGUAGCGUAGCCUGGCCUGUCUGGGCCAAAGGACCCCCCGUGGGAUGUGGGGGCCCCGCCCCCCCACGCUGACUUGACGUCACCAGCCAGCGCCGUGCGGCUUCCACACCCCUCGCCCUCCACCCUGAGCUCCGGGGGGGGGGGGUAGAGACUGGCUCAGAAAUCAUAUUGUGCACUAUAGUUUAUGUACUGUCAAGUUUAAAGGGAAGUGCAAAGGCUAAUCAAUAAUAAAAAUGUUAAAAAAGAAAGGAAAAAAAAAAGAAGAAUCAAAUAUAAUACAGAUAAAUCGAUUUGAAGGUAAUGUUCUGCAGACAAGUGCACGAGCAAAGCAUAGCAGGGAAUGCAGGGAGAAAGGGGUAUUUCACUGUAGGUUCUCCUGUCUUUACACUGUGUGUCUUUCAUUCUGUCACUUUUCUCAUUCGGUCUCGAAUCCACUCUUUCGGACUAUUGGGACCUACCUUUUACCAUACUUUGGGCAUGUACCUCUGUCACAUUAUCACCAUACAUGCGCCAUCUCAUCCUUUCAAACUCAGCCCUUUAGCGCAUAGACGAACGUGUCUGUAACCGUCCUCCCUCGUGUCGCCCUUCUGGUGAUUCAGGCGGCAGUGGCACUGUCGUCCUCGGUAAAUCACAAAUCCACUCACGGACCGUCAUGUCUUGAUUGAAGAAGAAAAGUGUUGCAUUGAUUUGAUGAGUCAGUCAGUGGGUGUCACUGCUCUUUUCCCCAGAAUGCCGCGGUGCGUGUGCUCGUGGUAGCUCCUACUGCUGCUCUGUCCCUUUGCUUUAUAGGAGCUCCGCUUCGCCGCUCCAGAUUCACUGGUACAUUAGCUGUUAGUCCUCCUGCCACUAGGAACUAGGAAGCAACCACCUCGUAACCUGCGUUAAGAAAGAGCUUGGUUUUGUUCAUUGUAAAUUAUUAUUUUGGUUUGGCCCACGGACUUAUUUCUUUCUUGAGUCUCUUGAGCAAACUCUGGCACACGUUUUAAUUUUGUCGUUGUCUGUAUUUAACCUUAUUUUAGAACUUGUUUCUUUCUGGGUGGCUGAUUUUGUUUUCCUGCGCCAUCCAUGUGGAUGAGCGUGAGUUGUGUCCGGAGGCUGUACACAUGCUAUAUGGGUUGAGGGGCAGGAGGAGGGGGAGGAGGAAGGGAUGCCCUCUGCGGUGUUUGGGAGAGAGUGCUGGUUGUAGCGCUACCUGCUGCUACUCCUCCAGGGAGACUAGAGGCUGGUAGGGUGGUCCAGACCUUCCCGGAGCGGGCUGAGCUUCCUGGCUGCACGGUCGAGGCCAGGCCCCAACACUGCUCCUGGGAGCCUCGGAGACCGCCACAAGCUCUUCACAGUAGAAAUGCCAAUUCAUGAAUAAAAAAAAUCAUUUCUUUUUGUUUCAUCGUUUGAGGUUUAAAUCAUGUGUGUGUGUGUGAACAUAAAGGAUUUUAGAAAAUAAUUAAAACGCUUUUUCUUUUUCACAA